CCCGUAACACGUAGCAUCCAAGCUCUAUCCACGAUUCCAUGGUGAAGUGAUUCUUUCCAACAAACCAACCAGGAAGAGCAGAGGAAGAGGAAGAGGAAGAGGAAGGAGGAAGAGGAAGAGACUCGGACAGAGCUAGAGUUGGGUUGUGUUGUGUUGGUGUACUCUUCACAAUUCCCAUGGAAGCCGCAAGAGUUGUGUCCCCCAUAGCUACUCUCGGCACUGUGGGAGAGCGUCUAGUGCCUCUCCGGCGAACGUUUUACACUAGGAGAACUUCUCUCUUACCUUAUUCCGGUGCGAAGCUCACAAAAGCUACAAAACCUGCAAGGAAGCUUGUAAUUCGGGCUGCAAGAACGGAGUCCCAAGGGGUCUCACUAGGAUUUAGAGCUCCUGACUUCCAGCUUCCAGAGCCUCUGACUGGGAAAAUGUGGGGAUUGGACGACUUCGAGUCACAUCCCGCCCUACUGGUUAUGUUUAUUUGCAAUCACUGCCCAUUUGUAAAGCAUUUGAAGAAAGACAUUGUGAAACUUGCAAAUUUCUAUAUGAAGAAGGGACUUGCAGUUGUUGCUAUCUCAUCAAAUUCUGUGGUGACUCACCCAGAGGAUGGACCUGAGUUCAUGACGGAAGAAGCUAAGUUAUUUAAAUAUCCUUUCCCUUAUCUUUAUGAUGAGUCACAAGAAGUUGCACAGGAUUUUGGAGCUGUUUGUACACCAGAGUUUUUCCUUUUCAAAAAGCAGGAGGGUCGAAGACCAUUUGAGCUGGUCUACCAUGGGCAGUUUGAUGAUUCACGACCAAGUAAUAAUGUACCCAUUACAGGAAGGGAUUUGAGCUUGGCAGUAGAUUGUGCUCUCAGUUGCCAACCAUUAUCAUUUGUGCAAAAACCUAGUCUUGGAUGCAGUAUAAAGUGGCAUCCACACAAGAGCCUCUAAUAUGUAACAACUUGUUUCAUUUUAUCCAUUACCACAUUCUCAGAGACAUAGAUUUUGCUUUGAGAAUUCUUCAGGUAGUGAACGGAUGGUGUAGGAUAUGUUCAUCUUGGAUGGUUGUGCAAUUAUGAGUAACUACAAUUUGAGAAUCACGAAGCUGCUAAAAGAGAUGUUUCAUCAUCUAUGAAGUCCUGACCUGCAAUUAGCCUCUUUGUCUUAUAAAUGUAAUUAAUUCUUAGAUGAUAUUUGGUACCUGAAUAAGAACAAGAAUUAUUUUUUUUUUGGGGGGGGGGGGUGUUUGUGGGAGAGUAGAAAAGAAUAUUUGGUUCCCUUAAUUGGCCUCCCACUUCUUGAUUCCCUUGAAUUUUCACAUAACUCUACAAAAAAAUUUGAGUUCCACAGGAAUCUACUUUGUGGACAAUGGACAGUUGGGUUUCUGCUGAUGCAUAGCACAAA